UCUUAUACACCCCCUCCUGGCCUCCUCACCCACCCCUCUACCGCAGCCUCCUCUUCCCCCAUCGCCGGUCUUCCCGAAGUCUUCUAAACCCUAAUCCCCCAAAUCCCCGACGCAAAACUACACGCCGCUCACCGGAGUUCUCGAGGAGGAAAUAUGAGUCGCCAUCCGACCACCAAGUGGGCGCAGAGGUCCGACAGGGUGUUCCUGACGAUCGAGUUACCCGAUGCCAAGGAUGUGAAGCUGAACUUGAAGCCUGAGGGCCAUUUCAACUUCUCGGCAAAAGGCUCAGAUGACUUGCCCUAUGAGUUUGACCUCGAGCUGUUUGAUGCUGUUAAUGUGGAGGAGAGCAAAGCAGCUGUUGCCCCAAGAACUAUAUGCUACCUGAUCAAGAAAGCUGAGAGCAAGUGGUGGCCAAGGCUGCUGAAAAAGGAGGGCAAGCCACCUGUUUUCUUGAAGGUUGACUGGGACAAAUGGCAGGAUGAGGAUGAUGAGGAUAUCGGAUUUAAUGACUUUGAUGGUAUGGACUUCUCGAAACUGGACAUGGGUGGUGCUGAUGAUGAGGAUAUUGAGGAUGAUGAAGAUGAUGUGGUUGAAAGUGCUAACAAAGAUGAAGGUGCUAUGGAGAGCAAGGUGGAGGAGGAAGCAACUCCAGCAGCAGCCGCUGCAGAGGAAGCUAAACCAUGAAGAAGCAAAUGAGUUUGCUCGACACCAUCGGUUGACCACGCAUGAUAUCCAGCUAGACUAGAUGUUCCCUUAGAUUUUUGGUGUAAAAUCUGGAGGAUGGAUCGAUCACUCACUGCAUAUGAAGUAAAGAAACCAAACACUCGUACUGUUUAGUUAUUGGCUGAACCUUUUGAACUGCUGUUAUAAUAUUUGGUCAGAGCGUAUUUGUGUCCGCCAUUGGAAGAUGAUUCGAUGUUUGUAUGGCGUGAUAGCGAUGUUUA